AUGGGUCUCCUUGAGCUGACCCGAAACUUGAAGUUUUCCGCCAACAUCUCCUCACUUUUUCUAGACAUUCCCGAUCAUGUGGAGAGCUUUCGAGAAGUUCUCAAAAGAAAAGACUACCAGUUUAAGGCGGUCGAGGCUCAGGAUCCGUACAAGAACAAGAUUGAGGAGUGGAAGGGUGAAUUGGAGAAGCUCAAUGCUGAAUCGCGACCAGAGUUUGUGUUGAUCAAUAGCCCGGCGAUUGCUGAUAAGUACCAGGAUCGGAUGCCGACUGUUGAGGAAUUUGACUCUAUCUUGAAGACAACUGGUGAUUACGUGUUGGCAUUGAAUGCCCGAAAAGUCCAUCUACUCCUUGUUGACGCCAACAUCGAUGAGCCGAGCAAACUUGCUGAAGUGAAACAGCUGCUGGUGAAAGGUGCACGAUAUAUGAGCAAACUCAAUGUCACCGUUUUGAUUGAACCUUUAUCAACUCGACCGAAUUACUACCUACGUUCUUACGACACUGCUCUGGCGUUGGUCAAGGAACUGAAUGAACCAAACUUGAAGAUCAUGUUCGACACUUAUCAUCUUCAACGCCUUCACGGAAACAUUCUUCAUUACUUGGAACUGUUGUCUAGUCACAUUGGGCACGUGCAAAUAUCGCAGGUACCUCUGCGCGACAACCCAAUUGAUGAGGGAGAGCUCAAUCACGAUUUUAUAUUGAAGAAACUGGCUCCUCACUACAACGACUUUAUCGGGCUAGAGUACUUCAACUACAGCACUGAUAACUUUGAGUGGUUGAAAAAGUUUUCGCAUGCCGUUGAAGAAACAAAGUGA